UUAUGUUGUAGACAUAUAUUUUAUUUGAAGUUUUAAACAUUUUCAUUAUUUCACAUGCUUGAAUUGAUUCAUGCUUGUUUUGUUUGAAGAAUUUUGAGUAACGAUCAGUUAAUAUUUGUAUUAAUUGUUUAAUUUUAACUUUUCAAGAGGUUAUCACAGAACUCAAUAUAUUUAAGGUGCUAAUAACAAAGAAAUAAUGGUUCGGAAGUUAAAAUUUCAUGAGCAGAAAUUGCUCAAAAAAGUAGAUUUUAUAUCAUGGAAGAUUGAUAACAAUUUACACGAAGUUAAAAUUAUGAAGAAAUAUUACAUUCAGAAGCGGGAAGAUUACACAAAGUAUAAUAAAAUGUCUAGAGAAAUUCGAGAUUUGGCUAAUAAAAUCAAAGAUCUCGAUGCCAACAGUGAGUUUAGGACGGAAUCAAGUGCUCAGUUAUUAGAAAAACUCUAUCAAAUGGGACUCAUACCUACGAGAUGGGAUUUAUCACUGGCCAGCACCGUAUCUGCUAGUGCAUUUUGCAGAAGACGACUCCCUGUGGUUAUGAUUCGAAAUAAAAUGUCGGAGAAUUUAAAAGAGGCCACCAAAUUUAUAGAGCAGGGCCACGUAAGAGUAGGCCCGGAGGUGGUGAAGGAUCCUGCGUUCCUUGUCACACGGGCCCUUGAGGACUUUGUCACGUGGGUUGAUAGUUCUGCUAUAAGAAAACAUGUCAUGGAGUAUAAUGAAAUGAGGGAUGACUUUGAAAUGGUGUAAGAUAUCUGUCAAAUCAAAAACGGGAUAUCAAAAAGCAGACCAUACAGGAAGCAUUUUUAGAAAAAGACAAAUCAGAUUCUAGUCUUUUCACAGAUCAGAUAAAAAAAUAAAUUUGUAGACAAUAAGAUUAAUAGUGACACAAUUAAUAUAGAAGCAAUAUAGGAAUAAACUGUAUCAAAAAGAAUAUCAAGAUUGGUUCAGAAUAAGUAAAAAUAUUGCAUAACACACACACAUAUAUAAAAAAAAUGAGUGAAUUGAGAAUCUUUUAUGGUUGCUGCUUAAAACUGUCCCACUCAAAGUUAAUUUGUAAAUAAGAAUUAUGUUGUAAAUUGUGAAUAAAUUAAGACAAUAUAUUGUAAAAAAA